AUGUCCAGCAACAACAUCUUACAAAAUAAUUUUUCAAUUUCUACUGAUGCACUUCCAGAUUCAAUAUCUGAAUCCACAGAAGAUUCAAAUCGCUUUAAAUUAUUUACCUCUUCUCCAUGCUUUAAAAUCACAAGAUUAAUUAUAAUUAUAAUAUAUGCACUUAAUAUCGUUGCAUGGGGUGGAAUGUUAUUUCUCAUAUUAGUAGGAGCAGCAAACAACACAAUGCCCGAUGAACAAACACGGAAGAUUUGGAUUGAAAUUGAUUCUCAAAUUCUUAAUGCGCUUUUUUGUGUGACGGGUAUUGGUCUUAUUCCUUGGCGAAUACGGGAUGUUUAUCAACUUCAUAAUAAAAAAUAUCGAUAUAGACUUCUUAAACGUCACACAUAUACGGAUUAUAUUUUAUGGGUUCGAAUUGUUGUUUGGAGUUUUAUAGCUAAUUCUAUAUUUCAAAUCGGUAUGGCUAUAUGUAUGUGGUCCAUGAAUAUGAAUACAAGACCUGCAUGGCUAGUCGGCAUGUUUGUUGGACUUGGAUGUUUUUCGGGAGCAACGGCAGGUUUAAUACAAUUUAUAUUAUCGAGGAAAAAGAAAAAACAAGACAAACUAGAAAGAGACCGUACUAAUAUUUUGAAUAAUUAA